CAAAUGCUAUGAUUGAAGUUCAACGUUCAAUUACUUUGCUGAGCGUUUAGCAUCGGAAAUCUUCUUAUAAAUACGAUCUUGUCUAUCUAUCAACAUGGGCUUAUGCCUCUCUAAACGAGCAUUAACAUUAACAGAAAAGGAAGAAGUUUAUAUAGUUGAGGCUGAACAAGAAGUGAGGAGGAAUAAAAAACUUAUUGGUAUAGAUGAAUUCUGCAAUAAUCAAAUCAAGAAGUGGCACAGUGAGCCUCUCCCAUUACAUGUUGGUUUACUUGGAUUGAGCAGAUCAGAAAAAUCAUCUUUCAUUGACACUGUUAUUGGAUUUGAAGAUGGCCGCGACAACUCGACAGAUGCAUCCCCUACAGAAAGAACAAAGUAUUCUCAGUUGAAUGGUCCAGAACUUAUAAAUGACAAAAAGAAAAAGAAGAAUCGUGCAAUUUAUCGUUAUGCUGAAAACAAAAACAUCAUCUUCUGGGAUUUACCUGACAUCAAAACAUUAACUUGUUCUUCAUCAUCAUCCCUUUGUUGUUUAGUAUCUUGUUUAAUAUCUUGUUGUUUACCAUCAAGAUGCUGUUUUCCAUCUAAUUGUUGCUCAAAGUCGCCUUGUGCUGAGAAUUUUGACGCAUUUGUCAUUUUUGUCAAAUCAAGAAUAUCUGAUAAAGAGAAAAAAAUAGCCGAAAGUGUUUCAAAAAAUCUCCGAAAACCUUUUGUUUUCGUUUGCACCCUUGCUGAAGACGACGAAAAAAAUGUCAAGAAAGAUAAGGAAGCUACGCUAAAAAACAUCAAAACAAUAUGCUUUGACUUUGUUAAACAUUUGGUUAUGGAUGAAUCUGAUAUUUACGUAAUUGACAACAAAUUCGUGAAUAAAAAUCAGUUUGAAGAUAUCAUCUUGAAGCUGAUGAAACGUCGAAAAGAGUUGUUUGUGAAUUCUUUGAAUUAUACCAUUUUCGUAAAUACCAAGGAUACCAAAAAAAUCUUUCAACAAGCUCAGAAACACGGUGUUGAUAAUAUUCUGGAUUUUUACAGCAGUGAUUCAAUUCCUUUGUGGACAGACACAGAGAUAAAUUUUGCCAUAACAGGAGACUCUGGAACAGGGAAAUCAUCUUUCAUCAACGCUGUAAGAGGCAUUAAAGCUUACGAAAAAGGGGCUGCACCCGUUGGUGUUACAGAAACGACAAAUAAACCCACUAAGUAUUUACAUCCAGAGCAUAAAAACAUCAUUUUCUGGGAUCUUCCUGGUAUCGGAACGCCUGGAUACCCCAAUCUCAAAGAGUACACUAAAAAAGUUGGUGGUCUAAAGAAGUACGAUGCAUUUCUUAUUUUUUAUAAAACACGAUUCACUCAAUAUGACAAAGAGUUGGCUGAGAAAGUUAAAAAAGAUCUCGACAAACCUUUCUUUUUUGUUCGCACCAACGUUGACACCGAACUCGAGAAUGCGAAGGAUGACGAAGGACCAAAGUUUGAUGAAGCAUCUGUCUUGAAAGGUAUGAGGACAAACUGUUUGGAAAACCUGAUACGUCUGGUUCACGAUGAGAAAGAUAUCUUCUUGAUUGACAACAAGGCUACAGAGAAUUAUGAUUUUGAUCGUUUGGUUGAAGCUGUUCGUGAAGCAAUGUCAGGCAAAAAAAGAGAGAACUUUGAUGUUUCUUUAUCCAAAUUAACUCAUGCUACUAUAAAAAUGAAAGGCGUUUUUUGGAAAGAUCAUGUGCCAUUGGUGAUUGUUUUGUUCGUAAUUGCUGUAUCUAAUCCUGAAGUUUUUGUGGAACUGAUAUCGAUGGAAGUCAUUCGAUAUCAUCGCGUAUUUGGUUUUUAUGAUCAGUUGAAAAAAUCCCUGGUGACAUCUGAAGAAAUCGAUGAAUUGUGUCACAAAGAAGAAGAGCAUGAGAAAAAAAUACGAAGAAAAAUCGAUGAAAAGAUUCAGAAAAAGAAAUCUGAAGAAAUCAAAGAAGAGCUUAUGAAAGAUAAGUCAGUAGAAGAAUCACCAGCCAAAGUCAAAUGGGCGUAUGAUUAUCUUUUAAAUUGCAUGAAAAAUUUAGAAAUAGAAGCUUUGAAGCCUUACGAUGCGGCAAACAAAGAGGGAGAAAAUUCACAAACAUGAAAAAAAACUUAACAGUCAAAAUUAUAUAAACAUCACAAAAUAUUUUUUAAUCGAAAGCACUUUAUGCGUAGUAAAUAACACAUAUUAUUCUGAAGUUCAUGUACCUAAUAUCACGUUUCUCGAGACUCGCGCUUGUGAUUUCUCUAUUUUAACUAAACAUGCCACUUGGCAAACACUCUUUUAAUUUCUUGAAAAUCAGCAAAAUGAUUUCUUUUAAAUAUAAAUUUAAUGCAAUAUAACUUAUUCACCUCUCUUGCACCCAAAACACUUUUUUUAUAUUCUGCAUUUCUCCUUCAUGGAUAGAAUCCAACAUUGUAAGUUGUUGGUUAUUUAAUAAAUAAUAAAAUUUCAUAUCAAAA